AUGUCGGACCGCCGGGAGAAGCGGCCGUCCGACGCGGCCGGCGCCGCCGACGCCGCCCCGGAGGCCAAGCGCGCCCGCGAGCCGGCCGCCCCGGCGUUCCCCACGUACAAGGACGCGCCCGACCUAGCCCCCAAGAUCCGUCUCCUCUGCGAGAUCCUGGCCUCCUCGGCCUCCGACGUGGAGGCGGCCCUCGACGACGCCGACGUCCGCGUCACCACCUCCGACGUCGAGAAGGUGCUCCGCUUCUCCUACGCGUACCCGCGCGGCGCCGCCGCCUUCUUCCGCUGGGCGGGCCACCGCCACCUGCACCACCAGCACUCCCCCUACUCGUGGAACCUCAUCAUCGACCUCCUCGGCAAGAAUCGCCUCUUCGAUCCCAUGUGGGAUACCGUCGGCUCCAUGCGGGCCCAGGGACUGCUCUCCCUCGCCACCUUCGCCUCCGUCUUCUCCUCCCUGGCGGCCAGUCCCACCAGCUCCCCCCUCAAGGCGUUUGUGGAAAUGCCCCGGUACGGCAUGGACCGCGACACGCCGGCGCUCAACUCCCUCCUGUCCGCGCUCUGCCGCGCCUCCCGGCUGGAUGACGCCCGCGCCGCGAUCCCCGUGGCCCGUGCGGAGGCCGGCACUCGGCCGGAUGCCGACUCCUACGCCAUCCUUCUGGAGGGCUGUGAGGCUGCUGGCAAUGCGGCCGUUGCACGCGAGGUGUUCGACGAAAUGGUGCACGCCCUCAACUUUGAUCCUGCCAAUGUGCCUGCCUACGACUCUUUCCUUACAACACUAGUUUCAAGUGGCUCCUCCACGGCGCUCUCAGAUGCGAUGGAGUAUCUGGCUGUCUUGCGCCGGUAUAGGUGUUCACCGGGCGAGAAGUUUCUCCGUGCUGCACUGGCGGCACACCUUGAGGCACGUGAAUUGCGCAGUGCUGUGGUUCUCUGGGAUGACUUUGUCCUUCGCCGGGGGCUCGUCCCAGAUAAGGAAAUGUACAACACGAUGAUCAUGUUGCAGGGCACUCUGGGGCAUGCUGAGGUUACUGUGAAGUACCUCGAUGACAUGGCCAUCUAUGGAGUGUUUCCCGACACAGACACAUACAAUGUGGUCCUCAAGCUCUUGCUCAAGGGGAGGAAGCUCCGGGAGGCAUCGGCAAUAUUUAAAGAGAUGGUCAAGAACGAGUGUUGGCCAAAUGAGGCGAAUUGUUCACUUGCGCUCAGCGUGUUCUUGGAUACUCGUGACUGGGAGACGGGGAUCAAGGUGUGGAAAUGCAUGACGGCGAAUAGCCUGCCUCCACUGGAGGAGGGCGGUAACAUGCUUGUAUCAAAGCUGAAGGAUGAGAUGUUGCCUGAGGCAUGCAAGUACGCAGAGGACAUGAUCGAUCAGGGUAUCAAGUUGAGCUCCUCAACGCUGGCAAAGCUGAGGCACAGCCUAGGAAAGGUCAAGAAAGGAGACAUUCACGACCGCUUGCUUGCAAAAUGGAAGGCGCACUAG